CUAUGACAAAACUCUUGAAAGGUCAGAAGAACCUAGCAUAGUGGGGAGAUCACAGCAGCUUACUAGUUAAGUCUGAACAGUUAUACUCUUUUGUGACACUACGGGGAAGAUGAACUUUCGUGGUUUCGCUUUCCUCAUGGCGUUGUUCAUAGCAGUUCAGCUAACCACUUUUACCGGGGCCGCACAGAAUCUUACAAAAACCUCAGGAAAAGAUUAUGAUGAGCAGGGGAAACACCUGGGUGAACAACCAGUACGUCGCAUGAUAGAAGAAGAGUGCACACUUGGAGAAUUCUCAUUGGGUGGUGGUAAACCAGUCUUUCCAGAGAAGCAAAGUCUCACUUUUCCCAUCUGCCAAGACAAUCACUACGCCACUUUUUAUGAUAAUGAAUGGGGAAUUGCACGUUACGCAGUAUACAAGAUUACCCCCCAACAAGCCAAGGCAGACAGGGUACCGAGAGUUUGUGACCCAUGGAGACCAACUGAGAAGAUAGUGUACCGUGAUUUUUCUAAGAGUUUUGACGAAUGUAAGCGAGUUUUGACGAGGUUUUGACUUCGCGAGGUGAGCGCCAACAAGACAAACAUGGUGGACUCAACAACGACUAAUGGGACUCAAGAGUUGUCUUUUAUUCCGAAUUUGACUUUCGCAGACGUCGAGACUUACGCCAAACGGAAGGCUGGAUGUCAAAACACAGUGAAAGCGUACAAUUUUCGCCGAACCUGGGUAUUUACAUGGAAUAAAAGGUAUUUAUUUGCGACUGAAAUAUAGGACAAAGGCUUUACCUUGAUCAAUCUUUGAGGUGGCUGUUACCAGUUUUCAUCUUUUUGAUGGUUUGUAACUUUGAACGAAUACAACAA